GAUAAAGGCUCGGGGGCCGCCCGCUCGGCCCCAGACCGGCUCCGCCACCGCGCACUCGCCCUGGACGUGGGUACACUCAGGACAGUUGGGACUUCGGACUUGCCUCUCCCGAUCCUCCGGCGGCGGCGGCGGCGGCGGCGGCGGCGGCGGCGGCGGCGGCGGCUGUUGCUAAGGGAGGGGACGCGCGGAGAAGCUCGUCCCGAGCGGCAGACGGCCCUGAACGCGGCAGGCUGAGCGGCGCCCUCUCCUCCGGGACCCUUUCCCGCGCCCGCACCCCUUGAAAGGAGCUGAGAGUGUAGUCCCCACCCAGGAAGGUGCCCCGACGAGCCGACGCGACUCCGGAGCGCUACUCGGAUUUUUGAUUCUUGAUUCGCCUUCCGCUCCUGGGACCUUCUCGAAGGGAAAGCGCGCUGCCCCCCGCCCUCAGGGGCCCCGAGGACCCCUGUUUGGGGAGACCCCCGCCCUGCUCGGAGGCGCGGCAAGAAUUGGCGGCGCCCCGCGGACUCCAGUCCCCCAGCGCGGGCCGGGGAUGGAGCCGCAGCCCGGCGGCGCCCGGAGCUGCCGGCGCGGUGCCCCCGGCGGUGCCUGCGAGCUGGGCCCGGCGGCCGAGACGGCGCCCAUGAGCCUGGCCAUCCACAGCACGACGGGCACCCGCUACGAGCUGUCGGUGCCCCCCGACGAGACGGUGGAGGGGCUGCGCAAGCGGCUGUCCCAACGCCUCAAAGUGCCCAAGGAGCGCCUGGCGCUGCUCCACAAAGACACCCGGCUCAGUUCGGGGAAGCUGCAGGAGUUCGGCGUGGGGGAUGGCAGCAAGCUGACGCUCGUGCCCACCGUGGAGGCGGGCCUCAUGUCUCAGGCCUCCAGGCCAGAACAGUCUGUGAUGCAGGCCCUCGAGAGCUUGACUGAGACCCAGCCCCCAGCGGCGCCCAGCCCGGGCCGGGCUGGCGGAGGCAGCUUCCGGAAAUACCGAUUCAUUUUAUUUAAGCAUCCGUGGCACCGACAGGGACCCCAGAGCCCAGAGAGGGGCGGCGAGAGGCCCCAGGUCAGUGACUUCUUGUCGGGCCGCUCGCCGCUGACCCUGGCGCUGCGCGUGGGUGACCAUAUGAUGUUCGUCCAGCUGCAGCUCGCAGCCCAGCACGCCCCACUGCAGCACCGCCACGUACUGGCUGCCGCCGCCGCUGCUGCCCGUGGAGACCCCAGCAUGACCACCACUCCUGUGUCCUCUACCUGCCGGCCAAUGUCCAGUGCCGCCCGCGUCCCCCCAGUGCCCACCGGCCCUGCGCCUGCGUCCUCCCCUGUCACAGCCGGCUCCUUCCGCUCCCACUCGGCCUCUGCAACCUGCCCCGAGAUGGACUGUUCCCCCCCUGCCAGCGCCAGUGCCAGCCCUACGUCCGCCGCCGGGGGCAGCCCCACGUCCCGCUCCCGCAAACCUGGCGCAGUCAUCGAGAGCUUCGUGAACCAUGCCCCGGGGGUCUUCUCAGGGACCUUCUCUGGUACGCUGCACCCCAACUGCCAGGACAGCAGCGGGCGGCCGAGGCGGGACAUCGGCACCAUCCUGCAGAUCCUCAACGACCUCCUGAGUGCCACGCGGCACUACCAGGGCAUGCCCCCAUCGCUUACCCAGCUGAGGUGCCACGCCCAGUGUGCCCCGGACCUCGCCCCCAAAACUACCUCCUGCGAGAAGCUGGCGGCCGCGGCCCCGGCCUCCCUGAGCCAGGCCCGCCUGUGCAAGCCCCCGGGGGACCGGCUGCGGCAGACGGAAAACCGAGCCACCCGCUGUAAGGUGGAGCGCCUGCAGCUGCUGCUCCAGCAGAAACGGCUCCGCAGAAAGGCCCGGCGCGACGCCCGGGGCCCCUACCACUGGCCGCCCAGCCGCAAGGCCGGCCGCAGCGACAGCACUGGCGGCGGGGGAGGCGGCGGCCCCAGUGAGGCGGCCGGCUUGGGCCUCGACUUCGAGGACGCCGUCUGGAAGCCAGAAGUGAACCCCGACAUCAAGUCAGAGUUCGUGGUGGCCUAGGAACCCUGUCCAUCGCCCCAGCCCAAGGUGGCCUGUGAGCGUGGCCCCACGCAGGAGGGCCAGCGGCUGGCCGGUGCAGUGGGGCGCUUCCUCCUCCCGGUUACGCGGCCUUUUUUUUUUUUUUUUUUUGAAAUUUCACUUCCUACCGUGGUUUUCCGAACUCUCCAUGGACUUGGGUUCCUGCCUCCUCUGUUUGGCUCACACUCCCCGCCCCUCCCUCCAUCUCCCAUCCUCAUCCCCGACCUGGCCGGGUCCCUCCCGCCCACCUUCCCAAGCUCCAAAUAUGUAGCAGUCUUUCCAGAUGGUUGAGAGCGGAGACAAGGAAGCCGCCCCCCCCUUCCGUUCUGCCGCCCUCCCCACCCUUUUCAGGUUGAAGUCAAAAAUGUAGAUGCCUCAUUAUGCACUUUACAGACAGGGAAGGGGGCCGCGGAGAGGAGAGGCCCCCACCACAAACCCUGGCCCUAAAACAACUCGGCAGGUGCGACCUUGACCGCCAGGGACUGUUUCUCUUCCACAUCCAUACUCUUCCUGGUCUCUCCUUUUCCAUCUUCCUUUUUCCUGGGAAAGAAAAGAAAAGCCGUUUCAGGGGAGAGGCUGGCCAGAGCCUGCCUUGCGGUGUGCGCUGGGGUGCGUGGGGGGUGGGGGACCUUUUCCUGCCAGGAAAGGAGAGGGAGGGAGGGGAGGUGCCCGCCGCCAGCCUGCACCCCGUCCACGCACUGUGCGACUUCCUUCAGCGCUACCCCACCGCCCCACCCCGUUUUUCUGAGCUUGGGGUAUUUAUAGACUAUUAAUUUUCUGACUGAGCCAAUAGUGGUUGGGAAUCUCUUGAAAAA